AUGAAUGAAAAGGAGAAGGAAAGGCAAAAGGCUGAUGAGAAAAGGUUAAUAGAUUUUGACAUACAAAAGGUGCUGACAAAAUUUGACAUGAACAAUUACAAUGAAGAUUUUGUAAUUACAAAUAAUAUUUUGAAAUAUCAUAUGAAGAGUGUAGAAAUUUAUAAUUAUGAGAAAAAUAAAAUUCAUGAUAAGGAUGAAUUAAACUUAUAUAAAGAAAAACUCAUAAAUAAAGACAACAUUCAUUAUUAUCCCUAUGAGUUAUAUUUUAAUACAUACAGAAAUAUUUACAAGGAAGAUAAAGUGCUGCUUAACUUGCCCAACCGUGUGAAAAAAAAUAUGGAAAAGGAAAAUGAGGAAAAAGAAAAGGACGAACAGGACGAAAAAGAUGAAAAGGAAGAAAAGGAGAAGGAUAAAGAGGAUAACGCAUCAAAUAUGUUCGAAGAAGAGCAAGGGUUGGAAGAUGAUUACAAUUUCGAUUAUAACAAAAGUGAAGAUGAAUUGGAAAAUGAAGAAAAUGAUGAGAAUGUCAUAUAA